GAGUGUAGCCAUAUGUCUCUCUGCACUAGAAUCACCCCACCAGCUCGAAGUGCGGACAUAUUCAAAGUGACUUGCCAUGGUCAGACAACAAGUCACUGGCAGAGACAGGACUAGAACCCCAGAAACCUGACUGCCAAACCUCUGCUCUGGCCGCUAUUCAGUGCUCCUGUCACUGCAUUUCUUUGGGCUAAUGCUCUUGUUAACCAGCUGUUGUUUGUUUGUUUUUAAAGGGAGAUCCAGGUCCACCAGGCAAAGGAGUGGAGAUCAAGGAUCUGGAGAGACUUUUUGAAGCAUAUGGGAUCAAGUUGGGGCUGCUGAAGGAACUGACUGAUCUUCUCCUGAGGGAAGGGUUUGAAGCGCUGAUCCAGCGGCGGGCCAGCUCCGGGAAAAGCAAGCCAGCCAAGAAAAAGGAGGGAUUUACGCAAGCUACGGACUAUGCUGCUUCGCUGAAGUAUGAUUUUUCUAGCAACCCUCUGACCAGUAUAGAGGUGACUGACGAAGACCUGAGUAUGGAUGUCGGGCCUCAGCUUACAGUUCCAGCAUCUGUAGGACAUCCUACUAAGGAUGUAACAGGCCAGAAGAAACCUCUGGUUGAUGGGACAACAGCCAUCAGUCUUGGUGACUACACCGAAGUGGAAGUAAUGGUAAACCAGACGCGCUCAUGUCAGAGACAGCCGGAGACUAGGAAACGGGAAGGCAGCCGUAGACCUCUGAAUGCAACCCGGCUACAAACUAGCCAAGAAGAGCCCACUACAGGGCAACAACAUACUGCUGAAAAUACCUCUCUUGAGUGCCAGGAGGUGGAUGGGUCAGUAAUAAGGGAGAAUGAAGAGGCUCGGCAGAGCCCAGCUGGUCUUGCUCUGGGGUCGGAACCUCCUGCACUGGGAAACAUUUCUGCGGAGACGCCAGAGCCCUUGAAGAAGAGGAGGAAGGAGAAAGACGUGAGCAGACCUGAUCAUUCCAGGGGAAACGAUGGUUCUUCUGAAGCAGCUGAUACAGUCCUCUCAGACAUAAAGGAAAAUGCAGAUCGAGUUGACGGCCCGGAGUUAACAAACCGUGUUAGAGUCAGAAGAACGGCUGAGCGACAGAGGCACAUGGUUCACUCACCUGGUGCCACUGGAGUUCAGAAAUCCCCGGCUGGAUAUGUGACAUAUCCAGGACCUCAAGGCGCAAGGAGGAUCAAGAAGCAGGAGUCAGACACGGUGGAUCCAGAACGGGUGCCGUUCCAAGGUCAAAAGGGCACUAAAGGAGACAGAGGAGAAAAUGGUCAAAAGGGAGAACCAGGAAUUGGGUUCAGAGGCCCCGCUGGUCAGGCUGGGCCCCCUGGGCAUAAGGGGGAGCCCGGGGCCCCGGGACCUCCGGGAGUGCAGGGCAUCCAGGGUAUUCGUGGCAACCCUGGCAUUCCAGGAUCGCCGGGAGAGAGAGGCGCCCCGGGUCCACCUGGCAUGCCAGGGCAGAAGGGGGAACGCGGUAAGAGAGGCAGGAAUGGAUCCACUGGGCCGGCAGGACCUCCCGGGCCCCCGGGAAAACAGGGGAUUCGAGGGCUGCCCGGGACCAAUGGCAACAAGGGGGAGAUCGGCCUCGGCGUGGCAGGUGCGAGAGGUCCCCGCGGACUGCCUGGCCCCGGGGGGGAGGAGGGCAUUGCAGGAGUCCGAGGCCCCAUUGGCAUGACGGGUCCGAAAGGUCUGCCUGGAACGAAAGGAGAAAGAGGUGAUCGUGGCCUCCUGGGACCCAAGGGAGAAAGAGGUGAACCCAUUAUUAUUUUUGGACCUCAAGGCUAUAAAGGCAACAAAGGAGAUCCGGGUGAGCGGGGCCCGCCAGGCUUCGAUGGAGACAAAGGCGAGAAAGGGGAGGAUGGGCCUGCAGGAGAAAAGGGGGUGAAAGGUGAGGCAGGUGUGAAAGGGGCCAUGGGCCUGUUCGGUGCCAGAGGACCAGUGGGACAGAAGGGAGAACCCGGAGAACCUGGCCUGCCUGGAUUUGCUGGCAUGGCUGGCCUCGAGGGGAAGAAUGGAAUCAAAGGAGCUAAAGGUGACCGAGGUCUGCAGGGUCAAAAGGGGGAACCGGGAGCAAAAGGUGAUCCUGGUAUAACUGGAGACCUUGGACGGAAAGGAUCUAAGGGCUUACUUGGUUUUCCCGGGCAGAUGGGUAGCCCUGGUGCAGAUGGAAUAAAGGGUGAGACUGGCAGCCCUGGAAAAGCAGGGAUACCAGGGUCAGACGGACUGCUUGGGCCAAAGGGUGAGCGAGGAACGUCAGGUGCAGAUGGCCCCAUGGGAGUUUCUGGGGAGAAAGGAGAAAAGGGGGCCAAGGGAAUUCCUGGCUUGGGCGGAUUUAAAGGGCAGGUUGGAUUCCCGGGGAAGACUGGUGUGGCUGGACCUCCUGGAUCUCAAGGACCACAGGGUGACCCGGGACCACAGGGUACAAGAGGUAGAAGAGGAAGACCUCAGCUCUGCCUCAGGGGUCCUCCAGGUACUCCUGGCAACAAAGGAGAAAAGGGAGAAAAUGGUCCAGCUGGUCUGAAAGGAGAGAAAGGAGAUCCUGGCCUUUCUGAAGAAGAAGUGAAGGACGUGGUCAGGAGUGAAAUGAGUGACAAAUGCGUUUGUACAGACCUGGGUGCAGACUCUCCAGGAGAAAUCAGCAGGAAUAUCAAAGAGAAUUUUCAAUCGCCAGAACUCAUAAGGAAGGCCGAUGAAGCUCAACAAGAAUUACUUAGUGAAAUACAGAAUACGACUGAACCAGAGAUGCCUAUCAUGGAAUCAACUCCAUUUAUGACCGCUCCCAGUGAUAAGCAGCUAAUGGCUCAGGCUCCGCACGAGCAGCGACGUGCCCGCAGCCCAUUAGAAGACCCUUGUCGACUGCCUAUGGACGAGGGCUCCUGCCUGCACUACACGUUGCUCUGGUAUUACCAUGGAGAAGCCAACGCCUGCAGGCCGUUCGUGUUUGGAGGCUGUGGAGGAAACAGCAAUAGGUUUAAAUCCAAACUAACGUGUGAGCGUUGGUGUAAAAUCACAACAGGAAGGUGACUCGGUGCAGACAGAUGAUGUAAAUGAGGAGGGAGCUGCAGGAGGUGAAUCCAGGACAGCUCAGAGGUUGGAAAUACAGCAAGACAAACCAUUUAACACAAAGAGGUGGUAGAUGUUAGUUCUGCAGACAAGGAGAUAGUUAUGGUUAUGGAUAUGUAAUAAAUCGGGCUGAUAAGAGAGAGUCUUUUGUUUGGCUGGAAAAGCUGAAGUGUUCAGAGGCCCUUGACGCACUGCAGAUCUAUUGUGCAACACCCAACAGACACCUAAAUAUUAUUUUAUUUUUUUAAAUAAACCUGUAGGUUAAGCCAACCUUGCAUAAUUCCAGUCCCCCUGCUCACCAGGUAGUUCUUUGUGAUGGGCAAGUAAAAUGUAAUUGUUUUCCCAUUACCAUCAGUUUGGUAAGGAAGGGACAAGUCAGUUUUGCUGGUUAAUUUUUGUGAGGCUCCUAUUAAAUCGUCAGUAGGGAUAGAUGGAACCAGUUUGGGACAACUUGGAUCAUCGUUCAAAUCAGCCUUCAGCCAUCACUCAGUUUUCACGUCUCCCCACUUCCUGGUGUCCUCCAGGAUCGGAAGCCUUUGUGAGAGAGGGGGCAUGAUCUGAGCACAGAACUGGGCGCAUGGAACUUCCGUUCUAAUCCCAGCUCUGCCACUAAACUCUCUCUAUGACCCUGGACAAGUCACUUAACCUCUCUCUGCUUCAGAUUCCCACCCGUAAUACAGGGAUGUGUUGAGCAUUAAUUAGUUAAUUUCAUUGCGGAGGGAAAGUGCCAAGAGUUACUAAAAUCUCACCAGAAAGGCUGUUCUCAAAUUGGGCGAUACCACGUCAUUCUGGAAAUCAUUGUCUUGUCCUGUGAAAUUUCAAACCCCGUUUCUAGAUCAAAGUGUUUUGGAUACAUUCGGAGGGCAAUCCUAACUGUUACCAAUUUAGAUGCCAAAUGCUGAGAUCAGCAGCUGCAGGGAUAGAUGGGCUUGUGGUAAAACUUCCAGUGUCUUGGAUCUAAGUAAAGCGGGCUGAGGGGUCCCUUUCCGACGAGAAGAAUGGAAUCCUUUGAACCAAAUUUCAUAAGGCAGGAGGAAGCAGUUGUCAGAGGAGCCAUUCUUUGUAAUCAGGGUGACCCAGCGUGAGAUGCUUCUGUAUCUAUCUUAAGGCACAAGAGACUCUUAGCUCUUUUUAAAUCUUUAAUCAUUCCAUUGCCAAUGGGAAAAUGAAGAAGGAAAUCUCAAACAACUUAGAGUUGGUAAGGAAAUAUUAAUUAUCUCUAAUAUAUAUACUGGAGCUAAAAAUUUCACCUACUAAAUGAGGCUUGGUUAACAAAAGCAAUUACUGAACUGUCAAAUUUUCUGGCUUAAUAUAACCAUUCUGGUCUCUAAUUUAUGGUAUUUCAUGCUAAAUUCCCUUGACUUAGUCCUGUACAGGAAAGGCAAUGUGGUCUAAUACAGCAAGCAUGGCAUUCCUGAAUUCCCAGUCAGCCUCUGCCACUGACUAGCCUCUGUAGACUUUGGCAAGUCGCUUCACCUCCCUGUGGCCAUUAUAAUGACUGUUCUGAUACUCAUUCAUUUAUUUAACAGGAGUGUUGUGCGGUUUAAUUGCUUUGUAGUAUUGUGUCCAAAGCCUGCCAGUGGCAGAGAUUAAAUAGAGGGAAGGCUACAUUUACAAAUACCCAGGACUUUAAGCAAAGGGGUGGGGUUUUGUACAGAACACACCCUCUUGCU